AUGAACCAUCUGCACCUCUCCAACCUCCUUCAUCUCCCACAACUCGCCCAUAUCUUCACCCUCGGCCCUCACCAGACCCAUCAACCGGCGGAUGCUGCAAGCGUGACGCUGCCUCCUUGCCUAAAAUCGCUCAUUCUUUCAAGUUCUUGUCCUAAUCCCGACACCAUCUUCCCAUCAGCUGCGCCGUUCACUGGGCUAGAGGAGCUGCUGAUGAGCAACUGCAGGGAGCUGACGAGCCUUCCAUACCUCAUUGGAGACGUGUUGCCGUGCCUUCGCAAGUUGACGAUUCGCAAUUGUUCUUCUCUUGACCGACUGCCGGAAAGUUUCACGUCUCUAAGCCGUUUGGAAGCCCUCGCCGUUUCUGGUUCUGACACAUUCACCUUACCCAGCAACUUCGGCCAUCUGCCUGCCCUCAAACUGCUGGAGCUAAAGUGGUUGUCUCUCACCGAACUCCCUCCUUCCUUCAUUCACCUCACGUCUCUCGAAUCACUUUCUGUGGAGAAUUGUCAGUACUUUCGACAGCUGCCAGCAGGGUUCUGCCGCCUCACAGCUCUCAAGGCGCUCUGCUUGCCAAUCCGGGAGCUGCCAGAGGAGAUUGGAGCCCUUGCAGAAGUACCCUCGCGGCUGGAUACACUCACGGGGCUCAAGAGGCUGGAGCUGUUUGCAUGUUUGCAGCUGAGUGAACUCCCUGCUGCUCUGCCCCCCUCUCUUGAGACCCUCACUUUGGGUACAUUCAAGGAAGGCUCUUCGCCUUUCGUGGAUAUCUCCCAGCUGUCGCAGCUGAGGGUGCUGAAGCUGAAGGACGUCGGGGUGCGAUGCGGGCCUGAAGUGAGCGGCAGGUUCGCGUGUCUGCAGCAGCUGGAGCAGCUGGAGAUCCGCUUGAAACUUGACAGCAGGAAGCUCCCAGUCCCCCUGACCUUUCUCCCUCGCCUGCGCAGCUUGCUAAUAGAGGCGCGAGGAAUUUGCAGCCUUCCAGUAAACAUGGCGGCAGCGUUGCCGCAGCUGCGGCAGCUGGAUCUUCUUUCUUGGUCACCGGGGGAGCUGCCGGGAAGCAUUGUGGAGCUCACCAAGCUGACGUCACUUACGCUUGAAGCACCUCAGCUGGUGGCGCUACCUCAAGGAAUAAGCUCCCUGGUUCGGCUGCGCAAAUUGGAGCUGAUGUACUGCAAGGCAUUGCAGCACCUCCCGGAGUUUCUCACCCAGCUGCACCGGCUGACACUGCGUUGCACCCCGCUCCCCUCCGUUCCUGCAGAUUAUGAGCUGCUGGAUUGA